UUCACCGUCACUUCUGCCGGAGGCGGAAUAGCUGCGGGGGGAACCGGGACCGGGGGGGAAGGAGCGACCCCUACCCCGGUCCCUGCGGGGGGUGGAAGGUCUCAGCUUGGUGGCAGUGGUCCCAGCCCAGGAUGCUGCUGGUGGUGACGGUGGUGGCUGUGGCGGUGGCCGUGACCGUGACCCUGCGUGCCUCUGCCGUGCUACGGCAUCGCCUGGCCCGUUCCGUGCUGCUCUGUGCCGCCGUCCGCUACCGGCGACGACUGGAGCUGCUGGGCAGCGAGGUUCGGCUCAGCCAGGAGCGGCGUUUGCGGCGGCUGCUGCCCGCCGGCACAGCCCACGGCUCAGAAGCAUUCCGGGAGCGACACCCGCUGGGACAAAGCUGCCCCUCUGAUGGGGUGCUGAGUGUGCAUCCCCCCCCGCUGCGCCCCUGGGCGCUGCUCUGCUGCUGCUGGGGCACCGACCCCCCUCUGCAGGGCUCUCUGCUCUAUCUGGACGCCCUCCACGCCGCCUUCCCGCAGGCGCUGGCUCGCCGGGGCACGGCGCUGCUCUCCUGGGCACCCAGACACCCCCGCGCCCGGGCGGGUUGGCCGCUGCCCUCCCUGUACUGCACCCCGGCCGAGGCGAGCGCCCUUCCCUCGCGAGCUGCCGCGCUGCGAGUGCAGCUCCUCUUCGCCCUGCGCGAGCGUGCCCUGCGCGUGCUGGAAGCCGGGCUGGCUACCGAGCUGCACGACGCGCUGGCCACCUUGCGUGCUGAGUGGCCCGGGCUGGCUCAGGACUUGGAGCUGGGCGAGCUGAGCCCCCAGGCUGGGCUAGCAGAGGAUGCGCGGGGCCAACUGCAGGCGCUGUUGGCCCCCAAUGCCGCCCGGGCGGCCGAAGUGCGCGCUGAGUGUGCUCGUGGCUUCGAGGGCAUCGUGCAGCGCCUGUGGCCGCAGCUGGAGGUGGUGGUGGUGGUGGGGACGGCGCACGGCGCGGAGCAGCUCUACUGCCGUGCCCUCCGCCAGGCUGACUGCAAGGGGCUGCCGUUCUACUGCCCCUUCUAUGGGGCGGCGGGAGCGCUGCUCGGUGUGAACCUGUGGCCGGAGGAGCAAACACCCCGAUUCUUGCUGUGCCCAGACUGGGCUUUCUACGAGUUCCUGCCCUGCCCGGCCGAGGAGGAGCCGCAGACGGUGCUGCUGGAUGAGCUUUGGGAAGGGCGCGAGUAUGGACUGGUCCUUACAGCCCAGCCGGGAGAAUACAGGUGCCGUGCCGGGGAGGUGCUGAGGGUGGCUGGCUUCCACAAGCAAUGUCCUAUCGUGGAGCCCGUACGCAGGGAAAGCCAGGUGCUGAGUGUGCGGGGUGAGAGCAUCCCUGAGGAUCGGUUCUGCCGGAGCCUCUGCCGUGCCGUGGGAUUGUGGCCGGGCGCUCGCUUGGUUGACUACAUCUGCGUGGAGAGUGCUUUGCUGGGUGCCUCUUCGGGGGCCGUUGCCCCCCACUACGAGGUGUUCGUGGAGCUGCGGGGCCUGAGGGAUCUGUCGGAGGGGCAGCGGUACAAGCUGGACCAAUGUCUCCAGGAGGAUUUCCCCACCUAUAAAUCCUUCCGCUUCAAGGGCAGCAUCGGGCCCCUGCGCCUGCACAUGGUUGGAGCCAGGGGCUUCGUCCGGUUGCGGGAGGCACUGGGGUCCCCCCUCCCCAUGCCCAGAGUCCUGCGGGAGGAGCGGCUGCUGCAGCUCAUCCAGAGCACCGUCAUCUCCUAGAGCAGCCCAGGGGUCCCUCCCGCCCUGGGAUUUGCUUGGCGUGUGGCUUCCGACGAGGGAGCGGAGCGGAGCCUCUGGCAAGAGGUGCAGGGCUGAGGGUGCCCAGCCCCGGAGAGUUUGGCUGAGGGAAGCAGAAUGGAGCUAGCGAGCUCGGCUGUGCCUCUGCUCCGUGAUGGUAGCGGGUGCUGGUGGGCACCUCGCUCAGUGCUGCUGGCGGGGAUGGAGCAGCAUCCCACCCCAGCCCUGGGCACUCACCAGCAGGCUUAGCUCUUCGCAGAACUCUUCUGGGUACCAGGUAGGACCAUGGGUGCUCGUGAGCAUCAUGGAGCAUCCAGGUCGUGCUUCCAGCAGCCACGGCUCAUCCUGCUUUGCUCAGUGCCUUUGCAGUGCCCGUGGGAAGCUGCAGCAGAGUGGGUGCACGUUCCUUCCCCAAGUGACACCUCAGCCUGCAGCCAACCCUGGGGGCAUUGGAGAGCUGCAGCCCACCCCAGCCCUGGGUUCUCACCAGUGGAUGUGCUCUUCUGGAUGCAGGGUGGGUCCAUGGGUGCUCGUGAGCAUCAUGGAGCAUCCAGGUCCUGCUGUGGGGACAGCCAAAACGUCCUCAGGAACAGGAGGAGCAGCAGAGCCUCAGCCCCACGCAGAAGCUCAGCCCCGCACGGAGCUCCCUGUGGCACAUUGGCACUGCGGGCGGGGGGCACAGUGGGUGGUGGUGGCAAAUGCCACAGAGCGUACCCUCUACCGGGCUGCAGCACACAUUUGCCCGGUUAGGAAACAACAAAUUCCAGGAAGGGCUGCUUUGGAUGUUUAAAAAAAAGCAGAAGCAAAAUCAAGGAGGAUUAUCUAAAAAAUAAAUAAAGGGCAGCGCUCUGGGAUUGAUUUUUUUUUUAAUAUACUAUUAUUUUUAACCCUCAUU